AGAUGCCUGGGUUCUGCUCUCCUCACCCCCCAUCUCUUCACCCCUCCCAGACACCUGGGCUCCUUCUUGGACACCUGGGCUCCUUCCCAAAUGCCUGAGUUGCACUUUGCCUGCCUCAGUUUCCCCUGAUGACCAGCAGGUGGGGGGGGGAGGCGAUGACCCAACUCCUGGCCCCUUUGCCUCCGCCCCAAAUUCAACACAGGAUGGGCUGUAAAGGGUUAAUCUAUCCCCCCACACUCCCAUAAUGCUUUGCAUUGAGGGCUUGCGAGGCGGGGUGUCCGUCCAGCAGCCCAGCUCAGCCUGGGGGGCGGGAGGAGGGUUCGUGCCAGGUCCUGUCACCGAGACUACGUUCAAUAAUUAAUUAUUCAUUUGCAUAAGGAAACGUGAGAGGGAAGGGGGGGUAGGCGUGUGUGUGUGUGCGUGGCCCGGACGCCUGGGUCCUCUAGGUGCAGGGGGCCGGGUGCCUGGGCUCUGCGUGCGUGUGUGUGUGUGUGUGUGUCCAUGCCUGUGCGCUCUGCCCCCAGGCCCCGCACUGGCUCCCCCUCGCCACCCCAUACUGUGUGUCCUGGGCCCCAUUCAGCCCCAAUUGUGGUGAUUCCUUGGGGGUGGGGAGGAGGCGGGGGUCCCCAGCCCCCCCCCCCCCCCAUCUCCUCCACCAUGUUAUUUAAAUUGGUUCUGACCUCCUGCCUGUACAUGUGGCCUCUUUUAAUAUAUGCGCGGCGGAAUGUGAAUAUAUUUGCAUACAUUAAAAAAUGGAGUGUAAACGAUGCGGCUGGGGCUCAUUUAUCAGUCCCUGAAUCAAUUAAGUAACGCUUGGUCCCAGGCCCCAGACUCCUGGGUUCUCUGUGGGCGGCUGGCAGCCUGGACGCCUGGGUCCCGUGCCAUGCUCUCCCUUUGCCCCUCGGGUUAAUAGCCAAUCAGGGCUCUGGCCCAUGACCAGUUGUUCAUUAACCCACUCCCAAGCGGGUCCCUGGAGCUUGGUCCCAGCCCGCAGGCGAGAGAGGAGGCAGCAUGGAGCCAGGCACCGUGGCCCCCAGCCCUGUCCUAAGCCCCUACGACAUGGGCGUCAUCGCUGCCUACUUCCUGCUCGUCGUCGGCGUGGGGCUCUGGUCAAUGUGCCGCACCAGCCGGGGCAGCGUCGGCGGGUACUUCCUAGCGGGCAGGAACAUGUCCUGGGCGCCGGUGGGCGCGUCACUCUUUGCCAGCAACAUCGGCUCCGGGCACUUCGUGGGGCUGGCAGGCACAGCGGCCGCCACCAGCCUCGCCCCCCAGCCUCUCUUCGUGGUUCUCCUCCUGGGCUGGGUCUUCGUGCCUGUCUACCUCAGUGCAGAGGUGAUCAGCAUGCCCGAGUACCUGAAGAAGCGCUUCGGGGGGCAGCGCAUCAGCCUCUACCUCUCCGUCCUCUCCCUCUUCCUCUACAUCUUCACCAAGAUCUCGGUCGACAUGUUCUCGGGUGCCAUCUUCAUUCAGCAGGCCCUGGGCUGGGACAUCUACUUGUCUGUCAUCGCCCUCCUCAUCAUCACCACCAUCUACACCAUUACAGGGGGGCUGGCGGCCCUGAUGUACACGGACGUGGUACAGACCUUGGUCAUCGUCACCGGUGCCUUCGUCCUCAUGGGCUUCGCCUUCUGGGAGGUGGGGGGCUACACAGGGUUGGUGGCCGGCUACAUGGAGGCCGUGGCCCAGCCCCCUGCCCCGGCCACCCACAACGUGUCGGCCGCCUGCUACCGCCCGCGGCCAGACGCCUUCCACCUGCUGCGCGACCCUGUGAGCGGGGACCUGCCCUGGCCCGGGCUCCUGGUGGGGCUCACCAUCAACGCGGGCUGGUACUGGUGCACCGACCAGGUGAUCGUGCAGCGGUGCCUGGCCGGGCGGUCGCUGGUGCACGUCAAGGGUGGCUGCAUCCUCUGCGGGUACCUCAAGAUCCUGCCCAUGUUCCUCAUGGUGCUGCCCGGCAUGAUCAGCCGCGUGCUCUAUCCAGGUAGCCCCGCCUCCUGGGCCUGGCCCCACCCCCCUCUGCCCACCCAGGGACGCCUGCCCAAGCCUGGGCUCUGUCUGGUGCCCCUUCCUGGCUCCACCCACACUCACUAGCCACGCCCCUUUGCUAUAACCCCCUCCCAUUCAAAGCCACGCCCACUCCAUGGGCCUCCUCCUUAUGGCUAUGCCUCUCUCCUAGCUCCUCCUGCUCCAGGUAGCCAUCCUUCCGCUCCUCCUAGCCACACCCACUCCUAGCUCUGCCCACCCUAAAAAGAAACCACGCCCACUGCUAGCUCCACCCACACACCCCGUCUCCUGGUCUCCUAGCUCUUCCCAGCCUCCAUAGCCACACCCACUCCUGGCUCCUCCCCUUUCCCAUAGCGGUGCCCGCAACUGGCUCCUCCCACUCCCC